GCACACAGCACGAGGACGCCAAGAGACCAAAGGCCACGAGGCAACACCCGCAGGGCAAGCAGGAAAAGCACGCACACAAGGAUUAUGGCCGAGGUGAUUGACGAGCGCGUGCUCGAGUCCGCGGGAAGCGAGACCCCAGCCACAACCACGGCAACGGCAACACCAACAAAGGAGCAGCAACAGACGACCAAAGGAAAAGCAGCACAAGCGGGGAAGAAGAACAGGAAGAAGGGUCAGAAGCAAACACACCAGACACAGAAGCAGAAGCAGAAGCAAGCAAGGAAGGCAAAGCGCAACACAAACAGCAAGCAGGAUGGCGGCGACAUGAUGGAGGUUGACGAGGAUGGGCAACCCACGGCAAAGAAGGCGGCGUUCGCGCCCGUCAGCGCACAGGACGCGUACACGGGCGCGGAGACGCGGAGCAUCGACGUGCCGCCACAUAGAUACACACCACUCAAGGAGAACUGGAACAAGAUCUUCCAGCCCGUUGUGGAGCACAUGAAGCUGCAGAUCCGCAUGAACGUGCGCAAGCGCCGCGUGGAGCUGAGGACAUGCGAGCUCACGGAGCGCGACAACGCGCUGCAGAAGGCACAUGACUUUGUCAAGGCCUUCAUGCUCGGCUUUGACGUUGCAGAUGCCGUCGCCCUGUUGCGAUUGGACGAUCUCUACCUGGACACAUUCGACGUCACGGACGUGCGCCGUGUGGCGGGCGAUCAUCUCUCCCGUGCCAUUGGCCGCGUUGCCGGCAAGGGCGGCAAGACCAAGUUCACCAUCGAGAACGCCACAAAGACCAGAAUCGUCGUCGCUGACAGCCGCGUGCACAUCUUGGGCGCCUUUGACAACAUUCGCGAGGCGCGUCACAUCAUCUCCAAACUCAUCAUCGGCUCUCCUCCAUCCAAGAUCUACGCAACCCUGCAGUCCGUCACCCAGCGCCUCUCAGGCCGCUUCUAACUAGCCGUGUGUCUGUGUGUGUGUCUGUGUGUGUGUGUGUGUGUGUGCGUGUGUGUGUGUCUGUGUGUCUAUGUGUCUGCGUGUGUGUGUGCGUGUGUGUGUCAGGCUGGGUGUAAAAGUGCAUGUGUGUUCAUAUGUGUGUGUCGUCUUACGCUGAUGUGACUCUCUCGCUCCCUCCCUUUCUCUCUCGCUCCCUCUCUCUCUCUCUCUCUCUCGCUCUCUCUCGCUCUCUCUGUGCCAUGCUUCACUUCCUCUGGUUUGCGCAACGUUUCGCUGAUCGUGCCUUUUAAUUACACGUAUGAGCUCGCA